AUGGGCAAGUCAAAUUUGGAUCUGGUCCGCGAAUGCGACAACUUCCCCUACUAUGAAGAUGACCGUGUGCUUUACACCGAGAAUCUCAAGAAUUACCAUGAGUUCCAUGUGACUGGAUAUGAUGUGACCCUUGGAUACAUUCUGAAUACCGUGGUACAGAAGUUUCCUUGGCCCCAGGAGUUCUGGGCUAUCGAUCCCGUAGCCCGAACAGUCACCCUGGUCACGGCUGCAGAUGCAAGCCCUGCCCAGCGCACUAAGCUAGUCGCAGACAGUAUCUCUCAGGCUGCCAAGCUUGGAUGCUUCGAAAUUCUGAAGGGAUGGCGCAACGAGAACUACCCCGUCUACGGACCAGGUGGAGAAUUCGUGCUUGAGAUGGAGCGCUGCGCAUCGUCAUUGUUUGGCAUUGUCAGCUACGGCGCCCAUAUGACGGGCUAUGUGGAGGACCCCUCUGGGCCGAUGAUUUGGGUGCCGCGGCGCGCGAAGACCAAGCAGACGUAUCCCGGCAUGCUGGACAAUACCGUCGCAGGCGGCAUGUGCACCGGUGAGAAGCCGUUCGAGUGCAUCGUCCGCGAGGCAAUGGAAGAAGCUUCUCUCCCGGAAGAUGUGGUUCGCGCGUGCAUCACACCAGUAGGAUGUGUCACCUAUACGCACCUCCGUGAUGCCCGCGCUGGCGGCGAAACAGGUCUGGUGCAGCCGGAGAUCGAGUAUGUCUAUGAUCUGAAGCUCGACGCAUCGGUCAUUCCCAAGCCGUGCGAUGACGAAGUUGAAGAGUUCCAACUGCUUUCUGUGUCUGAGGUGAAAGAAGCAUUGGCACGCGGCGAGUUCAAGCCCAACUGUGCCAUCAUCAUGAUUGACUUCUUCAUCCGCCACGGCAUUCUCACAGCUGAGAAUGAGCCGGACUACCUCGAUAUCGUGGCCCGGCUGCAUCGCCGUAUGGAUCAUCCGACUGCAUCACAUAGCCCCCGAUAG